AUGACAGAUUUAUCACAUACAAGUUUAGAAUAUCGUAUACCAAAUUCAAUAGAAUCAACAAAGAUUAACAAAUUACUUUUGGAAAAAACAAAUAUUAUAAAAUGGAAAUUGGAUUUUAAAUUACAGAAUGAAUCAAUGGUUGCAUAUGAAGAAAGAUUACCAAUCAAGGUUGGAGAAUUGGCAAUUCAUGAAAAAAUUAAAUCACUACAUAUUUUAAAUGGUUUUCCAUCAAAUAUUUUAAUGAUUUGUAGAAAUUUAACAACUAUUAUUAUAGAAGAUAUUGUUAAUCCACAUGUACAAGUUUUAAAGAUAUUACAAAAUAAUGAAACUAUAUUUUUAAAAAAUAUAAUAAUAGAAUCUGCAGCAUUGGAUUUAUCAUGGGAUGAUGAAUUUUUCAAUCCCUAUUAUCAAGCCAUUCAAAAAAAAAGUCAAACAUUAUCUAUAUUUAUUUAUAAAACCUAUAAAUUAAAUGGUGAAAUACCAAGAUUAGAUCAAUUACCAAUAUUAUCAAAUAGAUUAACAAAUCAUAUAUCAUCAUUUUUAAAUCAAUCAUUUUCAAUUGAUCUAAGUAAUAGAUGUCAAAAUUUAAAACUAUUUAAUCAUUCAAUAGAAUAUUAA